AUGAUGCGGAUGUCGUCAGGGAUUCAAACAGCGGCGCCCUCAGACAGCGGGCCCGAACACCCAACUAUCCUCCUCCACCGACACCAAAACCCCGCCGCUCAAAAUAGCUGGUCCGUCCCCUUCGUCCGAAACGUCUUCACCCUCAACUCCUGCGCACAUAUCUCCAGCAGCCAGGUCCUUGAAUUCGCCUCCGAAGAUAUCAUGUUGGCUAAAUGGCAGGCGUUCGUGGCCGAGUGCGAUCCCGACUUGGUCAUCGGCUACAACACCAGCAACUUCGAUAUGCCUUAUCUCCCCGGCCGGGCCAAGGCUUUGAAAGUCUCCACCUUUCCGUACCUCGGCAGGAUGCAUUCGCAGACGGCCGUCAAGGAGACUCACUUCUCGUCCAAAGCCUACGGCACGCGCGACUCCAAGGAAACUCAUCUCGACAGCCGGCUCCAACUCGACCUACUGCAGGUCAUGCAGCGGGACUACAAGCUGCGAAGCUACACGUUGAAUGCCGUGUGUGCUCACUUCCUAGGCGAACAGAAAGAGGACGUCCAUCACUCCAUCAUUACUGACUUGCAAAACGGGACCGCGGAGACCAGACGACGACGCGUAUUUACCGCAACGGCUGAUGGACAAGCUGAUGUGUUUUGUGAACUACACGGAAAUGGCACGGGUGACGGGGGUGCCGUUCAACUACCUGCUCUCGCGGGGGCAACAGAUCAAGGUAAUUUCGCAACUGUAUCGGCGGGUGAAUGA